AUGCCUGCUAAAAUGGCACUGGCCAGUUCAAUUUCUAGCAAAGCAGCACCACCACACUCCAGAAAAGUUUCUGCAGCAGGGGUGGAAGCGCACCAGAGCAAGAUGGAUUUUUUUUGCAAGCUGGGCUAUGGUAAGCAGGACAUCUGCAAAGUGCUGAAGAAUCUGGGCCAAGAGGCCCUGGAGGACGAUGUGCUGAAAGAGCUGAUUCGGAUGGGGAGCAAACCUCAGGCUCUGGAGAACCAGGCUCAGCCUUCCCAACUAAAGCUUGUUGCCCGUGGAUCGUAUGGCACCACACCAGGGCUGAAGUGUCUUGGAGAAGAUGGAAGUGAUUCUUCUGAUUCUUUGAGACCCAUUGUGAUCGAUGGCAGCAAUGUUGCAAUGAGUCAUGGAAACAAGGAGGUGUUCUCCUGCUGGGGGAUCCAGCUGGCAGUGGAUUGGUUUCGCGAGAGGGGGCACACUUACAUCAAAGUUUUUGUCCCACUCUGGAGGAAGGAACCCCCUCGACAAGACAGCCCCAUUGCAGAUCAGCACAUUCUUGCGGAGCUGGAAAAGCAAUCAGUCCUGGUGUACACCCCCUCUCGGAAGGUGAAAGGCAAGAGGGUGGUGUGCUAUGAUGAUCGCUACAUAGUGAAAGUUGCUUAUGAGAAUGACGGAGUCAUUGUUUCCAAUGACCACUACCGGGAUCUCCAAAAUGAAAACCCCGAGUGGAAAUGGUUCAUUGAGCAGCGACUACUCAUGUACUCUUUUGUCAGCAACAGGUUUAUGCCUCCUGAUGAUCCAUUAGGCCGGCAUGGACCUACCUUAAAUAACUUCCUCAGCAAAAAGCCAGUGCUUCCUGAGAAGAAAUGGCAGCCUUGCCCUUAUGGUAAAAAAUGCACCUAUGGCAAUAAAUGCAAAUUUUACCAUCCAGAGAGACAACAUCAAGCUCAGCUUUCAGUUGCUGAUGAGCUCAGGGCCAAAACAAAGGUCCCAUUAGCCCUAGGGAAAGAGGAGGAGAGGUGUCAGUGCUCACCUUACGAAGCCAGAGGAGAGCCUGCACCCUGCAAUGCCUGCAUGGAAACUCUGCGGGAAGCCACAGGCUGCUCUGGGCCUUCCUGCUACCGGGGCAGGUCCCAGGGGAGCUGUUCUGAGCAGACAUUCUGUGCCUGGGCCAGCAGUCCUGGCUGUGACCUGGGGCUGGAUCAAUGCUUGGCACAGCCGGAGCCUCUCCUGGAGAGGAUGUCAGCAGUGUCCAUCAGUGAAGACACCUGUGGCUGCAGCUGGACCCUGUGCACCUCUCAGGACACAGGGGGCAUGGACAGCCCUCACCCCGGCACUGACCUCAGGCACAAACUGAUGUCACUUCGUCACCCCCAGGGCUUGGACCACAGAGGCUCAACCAGGUGCCCUUGCCAGCAGAGAGUGCUCCCACCUGUGCGAGGCAGGGUGUGCCCAGAGCACGGCUGGGCUCAGGAGCACCACGGCGUGCACGGAACAGGUCACGGGAGCCACUCCAUCCCUGGUGGUGCUCAGCACAAACAGGGCCUGGAGACCCAGCACCCUGCUUUGCUGCAAUCCACAGCUCUGGCCCCUGACAGGCUUCCCCUCUACAGUGAGAGCCAGCUGCAGCAGCACCGCUGUUUCCACAGCCAACCCUCAGGGCAACCCUUUCAGUCAGAUUCCAACAAUGGAAUGGGCUUAUUCCAGAAAACUCAUGCUUAUUCCAGUGUCUCUUACAGGGGCUACUGGCCCAGCCCAGCUGCAAGGCCACCUUCUGCCCGGCAAAUGAACAUACCCAGGGAGCUGUGCUCCCCUUAUCCUCACUGUGUGAUGAGCCGGGUCAUGACUUUGUAUCCCAGUAUCCAGGAUAAGGGGACUGGAGCACCUCCCCUAUGA